GAUCGCCCUUAUUGGUGUACUCCUGUCGUCUAUAGUCCAGCAGGGCGCGCUCAUAGCUGGUGUGACGUCAUUUAGCGCUCCUUCUUUCAGCGGCGGCUCGACACCGUGUCCUCGUGGUCGCUCGAGUCGACAAAACUAAGACCCAAAAUGAAUGCUGAGAAAUUAGCCAAGCUGCAGCAGCAGGUGCGCAUUGGUGGCAAAGGUAGUGCUCGUAGGAAGAAGAAGGUCGUCCACCGCUCCUCUGCCACUGAUGACAAAAAACUUCAGAAUUCGCUCAAGAAACUAACAGUUAAUAAUAUCUCUGGCAUUGAAGAGGUGAAUAUGAUUAAGGAUGAUGGCUCUGUGAUACAUUUCAACAACCCCAAGGUCCAGGCAUCACUGAAUGCCAAUACAUUUGCUGUAUCUGGUCAUGCAGAAAGCAAGCAGAUUACAGAGAUGCUGCCAGGUAUAUUAAAUCACCUUGGAGCUGAAGGAUUUAACCAGCUGAAACGGCUUGCAUCAUCAGUCAGUGCUGGCAAUGUAACAGCUGGUGGCAUUGAUGAGGAUGAUGACGAUGUACCUGAACUUGUUGAGGACUUUGAAGCUGCAAGCAAGACAGAAACAGCUGACACAGAGAAAUUGACUACACCAAAUCAGGGGCUAAUUAUAGAGGAUCUUAAGGAAGAACUUGAUGAUGUACCAGAACUAAUAGAGGCAGGGCAAGAAACUAUAGCUCUGUCUACCCCUACAAAGGAAGAGGACAAGGAAUGUACUGCUCCACCUGACACAGAGACCAAGAAGGAUGCCAAUGUUCCUGCCCCAGAGGAAACUAAGAAAGAAGUCCCACCACCUACCAAAGAGGAAGUCCCUGUUCCUUCCAAGGAGAAUGUGAAGAAGGAAACCCCAGCCCAUGGAAAGAAGGAAGUACCCGCUAGUAAAAAGAAGACUAAGGAAGAUAAGAAAAAAACCCCACCUGCCAAGACUGAAGAUACGAAACCUGCACCUAAACAAUCCAAGAAGCAACAGGCAUCCACAGCCCGUAUCAAGGAAGAGGGCAAGGAAACUGCCCCUGCCCCAGCCAAGGAGGAGGCAGCUGUUCCUGUCAAAGAAGAGGCAAAGGAGGAGGCUAAAAAGGCUGCUGCUCCUGCUUCAGCUAAGAAAGAAACCAAGGAGGAGGCUAAGAAUGCUACUGCUCAUGCCAAGGAAGAGUUAAAGAAGGAUGCUGUUCCUAAUCCAGGUAAGAAAGAUGCUAAGAAGGAAGCUGCACCUGCUAAGGAUGAAACUACUAUUCUACCCAAGGAGGAGGCUAAAAAGGGAAUGGCACCUUCCCCAGCCAAUGAGGGACCUGCUGCAGCCAAGGAGGCCGCACCUGCUGCAGCCAAGGAGGCCGCACCUACUCGUGCUGCUCCAGCCGAGGGGGCCGCACCUGCUCCAGCCAAGAAGGCCACACCUGCUCCAGCUAAGAAGGCGCCAAGAAGGCCUGCUCCAGCAAAGAAGCCGCCC